UUAUCAAGGCGCCCUGGCCUCUCGGAUGCAGCCACGUCAAAGGCUGGAAGGAAAGGCAUGUUUUUCUCCUAGUCACCAACCAGAGUGAGGACGCUCUAAGUGCAGUUUCCUAUCUUUUGGUUUUCAGAUCCAUGCUAAGAACUGCAGUUAAAUAUCCGCUACUAAAACAGCCUUCCUGAAACCACGUGAGGACCCUGACAAUUGCAUUGUACUGAGCACUUUUUGUGUGUCUGCGCUUUAAAUGUGAUCCCUGUGCCUCACAGGAGCCAAGCUGGCGGGCUAGGUGGCAUAUUUUGAGAGGUUGAGUCCCUCAGGUCACACAGGCAGCGAGCAGCAGAACUAGGAUGUGAACCCAUCCCCCGGAUGACAGCACCAGAGUUCUUACCCAUACGCCUCCCACCAUGCGCACACAGCCACUGGGAUUCACGGCAAGCAAGGCCAGUAUCCCCCUCCGUUUUCCCUGCAGCCACUUCCCUGACACCUGGCCGAACUCAGGAGGAGAAGCCAAGACAGAUGGACUUUAUAAGUAGAAGAUCCGGGUUCCAGGUGCAGCUUUGCCCCUUCCUAGCGUGUCGCCUUGGGCAGAUCACUUAACCUUCCAGAGUCUCCGUUUCCUCGCCUAUGCCAUGCAGGUCAGUGCUCGCUGGUGCACAGAUCCAGAAGAGAAUUCCAGCUCAGGCUUCAGUGUUAAGCAAAUGUUAGUUACCACGCCCCUUCCCGAACCCACUAAUUCAAACACUAGGUGGUGGCCCUUUCUCAGCCUCCUCACUGCCCUCCUCUUCAGCGUUCCUCUUGGCCACCUCCGCCGCCGCCUCCUCCGACACCCCUCCUCCCUAGUAGCUGCUGCUUCGUUUCCCCUCAUUUCAGUAGUUUUCUGGACUCCUAGGCAGGACUGGCCGGGGUGCUCGCAGCUUUCCUUCUUCCCAUUCGGCUCUGGGCAGGAGUCUGUCCUCCGGCAGGACCCGGAGCAUCGGGACCCAGCGCUGCGCUCUGGGCUGCUCCGCGCGCCCUCACCGCCCGUGCCCCGUGCGCAGCUGGCCGCGCGUCCCGCCCCUCGGAGGGGUGUGCCCCGAGAGAGUUUAGAUAGGAGGUGCCAGCUGGGCACACCCGGCAGCCCACGGAGCUUCCUCUGCGGCGCAGCCUCUCCUCCCGAGGGGCACGCGGAGCGGCCAGGAUCUGCUCAGCCCCGGACGCGGGGGCCCCGGCCCUCCCGCCGCCUCCACGCCGCCCGCCAUGAAGCCGUCGUUCCUCCGCUGCCAAAACACCACCUCGGUGGAGAGGGGCUACUCCGCGGCCAUGGGCUGGGUGCUCUUCAGCGCGGGCCUCCUGGGCAACCUGCUGGCGCUGGGGCUGCUGGCGCGCUCCGGGCUGUCGUCCUGCUCGCUGCGCUCGCCGCGCCCGCCGCCUUCGGUCUUCUACGUGCUGGUGUGCGGCCUGACGGUCACCGACCUGCUGGGCAAGUCCCUCUUGAGCCCCUUCGUGCUGGCGGCCUACGCGCAGAACCGGAGCCUGUGGGGGCUGGUGCCCCCGCCGGGCAGCUCUCUGUGCCAAGCCUUCGCCUUCUUCAUGUCCUUCUUCGGCCUCGCCUCGACGCUGCAGCUCCUGGCCAUGGCCCUGGAGUGCUGGCUCUCCCUGGGGCACCCCUUCUUCUACCGACGGCACAUCACCCUGCGCCGGGGCGCGCUGGUGGCGCCCGCGGUGGGCGCCUUCUGCCUGGCUUUCUGCGCGCUGCCCUUCGCGGGCUUCGGCAAGUUCGUGCAGUACUGCCCGGGCACCUGGUGCUUCAUCCGGCACGGGCGCACGGUGUACCUGCAGCUCUACGCCACGCUGCUGCUGCUCCUCAUCCUCGCGGUGCUCGCCUGCAACUUCAGCGUCAUGCUCAACCUCAUCCGCAUGCACCGCCGGGGCCGGAGAGGCCGCUGCGGACCCACCCUGGGCAGCGGCCGGGGCCCUGCCACCCGCAGGAGAGGGGAAAGGGUGUCCGUGGCGGAGGAGACGGACCAUCUCAUCCUCCUGGCGAUUAUGACCAUCACCUUCGCCGUCUGCUCCUUGCCUUUCACGAUUUUUGCAUAUAUGAAUGAAACCUCUUCCCGAAAAGAAAAGUGGGACCUCCAAGCACUUAGAUUUUUAUCAGCCAAUCCGAUCAUCAACCCUUGGGUCUUUGCCAUCCUGAGGCCCCCUGUUCUGAGACUAAUGCGUUCGGUCCUCUGUUGUCGGGCUUCAUUAAGAACACAAGAUACAACAGAAACUUCCUGUUCUACACGGUCAACUGCCAGUAAACACACUGACCUUUGUGGACAAUAGCUAAGAAGUGCUUCGUUAGCCAGCAUCUGGAAGAUCAUUCUGAAAUGGUUCCUUGGAGAAAUGAGAAAAGUAGUUUGUAAACAAAAUGAAGCUACCCUAAUAAGACAGAGGAAAUCAACAUUUCAGCAGUGGUUUAGGCUGCAGAGGAGCUGACAAGCACUUCCUGGAAGGUGUCAGGAGGAGCUAUGGAAAUCCACCCUCCGUGAACAUGUUAGUUACAAUGGCCUUUAGAGGAACAACCAACUGCAUUAAAGAUCCGUUGCCUUUUGAUUUAAGCUUUCCUGUUGAAUGAGAAAGCAUGUGGUUUGUAAUCUGUUUAAAACCUGAGUUACUGUGUGUUUUCCAUUUUACUCUUCUGUGUUACUACUGUUAUAAACACACAGUGCACAGUCAGACCAGGUAAAACUUCAUAUGUGUUUUCUAGGAAGUGGAUAUGUGGGAGCAACCAAGCCUCAUGUUCUGUGAUUGCUUAACAAACCCUUUCUUUGGACAAUGUGUUUGCGAAUCAUAGGCACUUUGUAGUAUAAUGUGUGUGUGUGUGUUGCGGGGGUGCGGGGGGAGCACUCUCUCCUCACUGCAGUAUUACUAGUAGAAGAGUAGGCUCAGUUGGUUAAUGUCGGUUUUUUCACUGGUCCUCCGGAAGCUGUGUGUCAAAGUAUCAGAUUAUUUAUUUUGUAAUGUCUAAUAGUAAUUAAGGAAACGUUAGGAAUUUUCCAAGAAAUAAUAGACUAGUAAGAGACUUGAUUCUGAUUAAUACUCUUCAUUCUAUUUCCAGGGGAGAGUAUAUGUCGCUAUGUCUGAAGGCACAUAUUUAGGGUUAAAAACUGAAAAAUCUAGUCAAUUCUUCAGAUACACUGGAACCCUUUUAAUGCUGGUGUUGAGGCCAUGACUAACAUCUACUUUAUAAGAUGAUUGUGUUGUAGCAAAAUUCAUCUGCCCAUAUUUUUAUCCAGGAAACAUGGUUAACUAAUACUACAUAGGAAAUCCUGUGUCAGUGAGUCAUAUCUUUAUAUAUUUCUACAUCUAAAUGUUUGGCCUGGUGUAAACUCAGCAUCAAACUAUUUCAGUGAAUUUGCACUGUUUAAUCAUAUCUUAGUUACUGUGUAAACUCAUCUGAAAUGUUACAAAAAUAAAUGAUAAAACAAAAAUUUAAAAAUGAAAUAGUACUUGCUAAAUCCUCCCAAAUAACAUUUAAUAGCUAGAAUAGAUAUAAUAUUUUUUCAAUGAGAUGAAAAUAGAAAAAAAUUUAACUUGGCAGGUUUUUAAAGUAUGGUUGCAUUGUAAAUUAGAGUUUAAAAUAUUCAAUAUAGUACUUGCUACUAGAGGAUUUUUUUUUCCUUCCACCAUGAUCUUCCAAGCACUAG